AUGGCCCCUCGCACUGAGCAUGAGCCCAAAAAACAUCAUCGCAUCAACCCCAGUGCUAGAGAUUGUCAAUAUCUCAACGCACAUACUGGUACUGGUGUCAAUAAACAUCGCCCCGUCAGCGGUAGAGGCAACAGCCGUGUCAGCUCCACCUACAAAUCAAGCCACCAGGGCAGUCAAAGUGGAAGCCACCACGUUCGUAUCUCGUCUCCCGACGUACGUGCUGUAGAGCAUCCCAAGAUCUGCGACGAACAUACCCACAGUAAGGACGACCGCAAUGGCAUUGGUAAACUUCAUAUCCAGCACCACCGUCUUCAUCUCCCCAACGGCACCGACCCCAGCGAUUCAAAAGCCAGUGCCGCACCAAGUUCGCCCCAUAAGAAACAUACCUCUUCUUCUCCUUCUCCUUCUUCUUCUUCUUCUUCUUCUUCCCUUACUUCUGCCACCCAGCCCCCCGACAUCUCCACCAUCAAACCCCCCGACACCCGCACCAGCACCCGCACCAUCAUCGCCAUCCCCAAACCCCCCCUCCUUGCCCACCGCCCCCGCCGCUGCAUCGACCCCGUCAAGCGCGCCUUCACGAACCACAAUCUCCGUGCUAUUCUGUCGGAUAAGCCGUGGCCGACAGAGCGCAAGAAGGCGAGUGUCGAGAAGAUGGUGCUGAAGAUGGGGAUGAAGAGGGAGUAUAAGUAA